AUGAACGAGUCGAGAGCCGCUCGAUAUCCGUCAGAGACAAGAGCAGCCAUGAGAGGAAACAACUCCCUCGACCGCUCCCGCAUGUCCUAUGACUGUGUGACGGACAAGCGAAGAGCCAAGGCAAGCUGCCUCUCCAAGGUGACGCCUGCCCGCCCUCUCGAGAUGAUGCUGACGCACGAGCAUCGCGAGCAGACGAUCUCCGCGGUCCUCACGACCGAGCAGGAGUCAUGGUGGAUGUCGAGGAUACGCGAGAUGUCGUGCAAGGAUCUCAAGAGCAUGGUCAGGAUCUCAGCGCUAGAGCAACAGCUUGUGAGCGAGCAGACCAAGAUGAAGAUGCUGGAAGAGAAGCUGAGGGCUGACAUGCUGCUGCAUGGCAAGAAGCGCUUGCCGGAGCUGACAUGGCUGUACAGGUCUGCAGGCCUCCAGGCAGAGGAGAACAAGUCGUUUGACAUGACUCAAGUGCUGAAGAUGCAGGAGGACCGUCACAAGCAAGAGAUGAAGAGGCUGCGAGAAGAGUCGCAAGGCCGCGUCGCUUGUCUCAAGGCGAGUCUGCGCUCCUUGCGUGCUCAGCAGCAGCAGCAGCAGCAGCAGCAGCAGCAGCAGCAGCAGCAGCAGCAGCAGCAGCAGCAGCAGCAGCAGCAGCAGCAGCAGCAGCAGCAGCAGCAGCAGCAGCAGCAGCAGCAGCAGCAGCAGCAGCAGCAGCAGCAGCAGCAGCAGCAGCAGCAGCAGCAGCAGCAGCAGCAGGAGCAGCAGGAGAUCGAGCGACUGAAAGGCCUCGAGCUCGAGCUCGAGCAGCAGACGUCAAGAGGCGACGGGCUGGAAGAAGACAAGACAAGGCUGAAUGGGAGGCUGGAGGAGAUGGAGGGAGAGAUGGAGAGCAGGAGGCAGAUAGAAACGCAGCAAGGAGAGCAGAUCGCAAGAGCUCUUCACGACCUCAACCUCUGCCGUCAGCAGGUCGAGGACCUGAGGAGCUCAAGCUUGUUGCAUGUGAUACCUCAUAGUGCCUGUCGUGCUGGGCGAGACGCGCGUGUGAAGUUGCGUGUCUGCAAGGAACAAAAGCUGGAGGAAGCGGAAGAAGCGAUGAAGGAGGUCGAGCACAAGCUACAAACAUCAGAGAGCAUGCGGGAGGUCAACGUAGAGGAGCUGGAGAAGGCGCGACAAGACAACCAGGUCUUACAGCAGAAGAAUGAGAUCUUGAGCAACGUCUUGGAGAGCUUGCAGGAGGAUAUGCGAGGGCUGCAGGUGGAGUAUGCGGAGAUGAGGGAAGGGAAAGCUGCUUCAGACGGCAAGAUUGUAGAGCUGAUAAGACAGUUUCAACAAGAGAAAGAUGAGUAUGCUGAGGCGAUGGAAGAGAGACUGAAGGUGACGUGCAAGGAGGCAUGA